AUGUCGAAACAACUCUUCUCAAUCCCCAUCGCCUCCACCAACGGCACCUUCACAUGCACCAUUCCCUCCGACGCGCCCGAGAACAGCACCAUCUACCUCCUUACAUUCACAUCCCCAGUCGACAAUCGACUCAUCCCCGAAUUCCUCGACGCAUUCUCAUUAGCGCUCGACAUUCUCGAACACAAAUACCCAAAAGGUGUACUGAUUACGACCAGCGGGAUCCAAAAGUUUUACAGUAAUGGACUAGACCUCGAAAAGGCGCUUUCGUCGCCGGGGUUUUUUGAGAGGCAUUUAUAUACGUUGUUUAGGCGGUUGUUGACAUAUCCCAUGCCAACUAUCGCCCUGAUAAACGGCCACGCGUUCGCAGGCGGCUUCAUGAUCGCUAUGUAUCAUGACUACCGCAUCCAGAACCCCAAGCGCGGAUUCUUGUGUCUCAAUGAAAUCGCCCUCGGAAUCCCGCUCACGCCACCCAUGCGUUCUAUAUUCAUGAACAAAGUCCAAGACGGAGCUGUGAUUCGCUCGAUGAUUCUGGAGGGCAAGCGAUUCACAGCGCAGGAAGCGUUGGAAGGAAAGAUUGUAGAUGGGGUGGGUGAAUUACCCGAGGCCAUUGAUUUUGUGCAGAAGAGGGGGUUGCUGAAGAUUGGGUCUUCGCCGAGUUUCGUCCCGUUGAAGGAGAGGUUGUGGGCCGAGGUGCUGGAUACGAUUGAUAAUCUCAAGGAGUGGGAUGGUGCAGAUGAGGAGAGGGCGAAGAGGUCGGUUGCUGUGGCGGAGGCGGGAAAGGGCAAGGUGCAGAAGUGGGAGAGUAAAUCGAAGCUGUGA